UUUAAAUUUGCGUCGGUACACCACUGAUAUACCGGAAUCUUGUGCUACUUAUUAGGAACUGCUACAAAGUUAUGAAAAAUGCAUAAAGAAUAAGAAAAAGUAUUAAUAAGUAUUUUUUCAUUUAUGAACAGCAAGGAAAAUAUAUAUACAGUAUUUUAAAAUGUAAAUGUUUUUAGCGACAUCUAAUUGUAAAUUGUACGCAGUUGUAUUUAUAUGGUGGAAUCGGUGAAUGGUUGCAUUAGGUGGAAGAAGUUACGUGAUUUCCUUAUGUGCAAUUUAUUGUAAUUGAUAUUAAAUCAAAUCGUAAACAAUCAAUGGCAUAUUGUUCUCAUAAAGCAGUACGAUUGUUUUCGUCAGCAUUUAUGAGAAAUGGUGUUAUAGGUAUUGAAAGUCUUAAUAAAAAAUUUAUCAUGACAAGUUGUUCGCGGGUUGAGAAAGUCUUGGAAAAGCUUCAGAAAAAUCCUUUCUUCGACAAAUAUGCUGAAAAAAUAGCGAAAUAUCAACAAACAAACCCAGAUGAGUUUUUGCAACGUGUUGAAAGUCAAGAAGAGAAACUACAAAAAAAGAAAGUGACAGUUCAUGCAUUGAGGGAACCUAUUCACUCCUCAUGGACCUUUCCAUUUCCAAUAAAAAGAGCACAAUCAUCAUGGACUUAUUAUGCGAGGAAAAAUCAUUUUUGUCAUAGUGCAUCUGAAAAGAUGUAUAUUACUACUCCUAUAUUUUAUGUUAAUGGUGCACCUCAUAUUGGACAUCUUUACACUGCAGUUCUAGCUGAUACUGUAGCUAGAUUCAAUUCUAUGCUGGGACAUUCCGUGUAUCUGUGUACAGGUACAGAUGAACAUGGGACAAAAGUUCAAAAAGCUGCAGAUGCUGCAGCUGUACCUACUACUGAAUAUUGUAAUCAGAUUUCACAUCAGUUUCUAGAAAUGUGUAACAUGUUUGAAGUAAAAUAUUCAGAUUUUAUUAGAACAACCGAAGAGCGACACAAAAACGCUGUUCAUCAUUUUUGGGAUCGUUUAGAAAAAAAUGGACAUAUCUAUCUAGGAAAAUAUGCCGGAUGGUAUAACGAAACGGAAGAAGCGUUCGUCUCCGAUAAGGAUGUAGUAAAACAAGUCAACGCAUCUAAUAACACUGAAGAAACACGCACAACGUCAGGAGACUUAGUAGAAUGGAUGGAAGAAGACUCAUAUAAAUUUCGGCUUAGUUCCUUCAAAGAUGAUUUGCAAUAUUGGUUAAAACAAGAGAAUGUAAUAUAUCCAGUAAUAUAUCGCAAUGCGUUAAAUUCUUAUAUGGACGACCUACAGGAUUUGAGUAUUUCUAGACCUGUCAAAAGAGUACCUUGGGCGAUACCUACUCCUCACGAUGAAUCGCAUACGGUAUAUGUAUGGUUUGAUGCAUUAGUCAACUACUUAACUUCGGUAGGAUAUCCGGAUGAUUCGUUUCGAAAAUUGUGGCCACCGACUAUCCAAAUAAUAGGAAAAGAUAUACUGAAAUUCCAUGGCAUAUAUUGGCCAGCAUUUCUGAUGGCUGCUGGUCUUGAACCACCGAAGCUACUUUUAUGUCAUGGACAUUGGACAGUUAAUAAAUAUAAAAUGUCAAAAUCUAAAGGAAACGUGGUUUCGCCUUUUACGGUCGCGAACGAUCUUACGCGAGAAGGUUUAAGAUACUACAUUUUGAAACAAGGAGUAAUAGAUACAAACUCAAGUUACAAUCCCGCGAAGGUUACAGAAAUAAUAAAUACCGAUCUUGCCAAUACAUUGGGUAAUUUAGUGAACCGAUGUUUCGGUAAAACUAUUAAUCCAAGAAAGGUAAUACCUGAUCCAGUUGAAUGUAUAGGUAUUCUGAAAUCUGACAUAGCUAUUAAAAACAUAAAAUCUUUGGAAGAAUUAAGCGAGAAGACUGAGAAAUAUUACAAAGCGUAUCAAGUGCAUCACGCGAUAGAGUCUGCGAUAGAAACUUUACAUAUUGCAAAUCAGAUGUUCGAUCAUCAUCAACCGUGGCGAUUAUGCAAGGCCAAGGAUCCCGACUCGAUUAAAGAAUUAGAAGCUGUGAUAUCUUUAGCUUUAGAAUCCGCACGAGUGACUGUUCUAACAUUAUACCCGGUCAUGCCAAAGUUGUCGUCCGAUCUCCUCGAUUUUCUUCAAGUCCCUCUCGAAGAUCGUACUUGGAAAGAUACGAAACCGCUCCAUCUGACGAACGAUACGAAAGGAGGUAAAUACGUGUCAAAAGAAAUGGUGUUUUUUAAGAAAAUAAAAAAUUGAUGAACAUAAA